GGCCCGGCUGUGUCAGAUGGAGGGCUCGCUGGCUCUGGUCGGGAUGGGGUGGAUGAACUCACGGCAGGUACAGAGGGCUGCUGGUGACGGGGAGUGACGCUGGGAUCCAGACCUGACCUUUUUUCUCUCUCAGAGUUAAAUGCCUCCAGGGCCCGUGGCAGCAACCACAGUGUGAACAGCCUGCCGGGACCCCCAGCCACCUGUGGCUCAGCACAGGGCUCUGUGGUCAGCUGGGCCGAAUCCUUCGAGACGCUGCUGCAGGACCGCGUGGCUGUCACCUACUUCACCGAGUUCCUCAAGAAGGAGUUCAGCGCUGAAAACGUCUACUUUUGGCAGGCGUGCGAGCGCUUCCAGCAGAUCCCAGCCGGCGACACGCAGCAGCUGGCCCAGGAGGCACGGCGGAUCUACGAUGAAUUCCUCUCCAGCCACUCGGUCAGUCCCGUGAACAUUGACAAACAGGCCUGGAUUGGGGAGGACAUGCUGGCCAACCCCUCCCCGGACAUGUUUCGUAUCCAGCAGCUCCAGAUCUUUAACCUGAUGAAGUUCGACAGCUACACGCGCUUCGUGAAAUCCCCGCUCUACCAGGCCUGCCUGCAGGCAGAGAGCCAGGGGCAGCCCCUGCCCGACCUGCGGCCCCACUCCCGCAGCAGCAGCCCCCCCCCUGAUCUCAGCAAGAAGUCAAAACUGAAGCUGGGCAAGUCCCUGCCGCUGGGCGUGGAGGCGGUGGGCAGUGGUGCCAACCGCAGCCCCCGCCGGUCCUUCAGGAAGGGAGAGCGGCGAGAGCCCUCCUGGGCAGAGGGGGGAGAAGGCGGUGGGAGCGCCAUGCUGUGGCGGGAGUCCCAGGGCUCACUCAACUCCUCGGCCAGCCUGGACCUGGGUUUCCUGUCCUCCUCCA